GGUUUCUCUUCAGGUGUAACAUAGAUGACUGUGGCGUAAAACAACUCACCCUUCUUUUGAAUUAAUUGCCAUGGAGAACUCCACCGACCUGUCACGGGAACAAGAUGCAAAUAGUAUAGUUACCUUUCUAUACGGACGCAAUGACAGCACAUCCGAGGCUAUUGUCGGUGGCUUUUCCAAGUAUAGCCAGGUCUAUGAAAGGGUUUUUAAAGCAGUGAACUUCAACGGAUAUGUGGAAACAGCCCGGACUGCCGCCGAGUUGUUUCCAAGCAACAGAGAGGAUGUAAACAUUCUAGACGUAGCUGCAGGAACUGGGCUUUGUGCAGGCGAGCUUUACACUCAUGGUUUUCGGAAACUGGAUGCGCUUGACCCAUCGAUGGGGAUGCUGGAUGAGGCGAGAAAGAAGGCACUGUACAACCAGUACUUCAAUGUAGCAAUAGGAGAACACACUUUAGACAUUGAAAGUGAUACCUACGACGCAGUAACGAUAUCAGGGAUGAGUACAGUGAUAAUGAAACAGCUGCCGAUAAAAGCAUUUGAGGAGCUCAUCCGUAUUGUAAAAACAGGAGGUUACAUCAUCAAUGCAACAUACUACAAAGUGUUCCCAGAAGAUGGAGACGAGCAUACCCAAAUGUUUAGAAGUAACAUGAAGACCUUGACGACUCAGGGAAAAUGGGAGCAAUUUCAAUUUCGGCGUUUCAAGGAAUAUGUGCAAGGAGAAGAUGGUGCUGUUUCAACCCACACAGUCCUAUAGAACACAUGAUUACUUUAUCACAAAAAACGCACCUUUACUUUUGUCCUGCGUUAUCAUAACCUAUUGUCUGCUAUAGGUUUUGCAUGUGUAUUGUUAGUACCUGCUAGUUCCUGACACCCUCUACAUUUCUAGACGGAAUCAAGAAGACUUUGUAAAUGGUAGCCUUUAGAAGUGGAUGUUUGUGUUUUACUUGCAUGUUGCAAGUUGCAAGUGUUGUUUGCUAUAUGUUUUGUGUCUGGUUAUUACAUGCUGGUUCUUGUAAAUGGUAGUCUCUCCUGAAAUACAUCUCAGCUGCAGUACCACAAGGUUCUGUCCUAGGUCCCUUUUUAUUCCUUGUAUUUAUGGACUAUUUGGCUGAUAAUCUCUGAUGACUCAUCUGUUGGUGGAUCGUCUGUUAGAAUUAACUACAAAUUAACUUGUGUGAUAUUUAUCUUACCUCUACAACAGGGCAUCAACAAAGUUUAAUCCCGACAAAAUAACAUCAAUAUUCAGUCACACAAACAAGGUUCCUAAUAUGGUCUAUAAUAAUAUAUGUUUUCAUCCUUUGAAUACCCAUAAACACCUAGGUGUUAUUUUAUCUCAAGUUAUGAAAUGGUCUGCCUAUAUUGACAGUAUAUUUAGCAAAUCUGCAUCUAAAAUAAUAUUUUCUUUUCUAAAACGUAUGUACUAGAUAGAUCAACAUCCCCUGUUGUGCAUAGUUUAUGCAGCUUAUUCUUGGCCCUGAUAACAUUGAAACGAUUCAAUUGGAAGCGAUAGAAUAGUUGCUGAUCUUGCUAAAUUCGCAUCUCGAACUAGCUUAUAUUAUGAAACAGGCUGGGAAUUACAAUCAAAGAGACGUGACACUAUGUAUUUUAUAUAUGUUAACAACUUGUGAAAAAGUCUUUAUUUUGUUUUUGUCCAAUGUCCUAAUUAUAAUAAUGACAUUACAAUUUCAUGAUGUAACGUAUA